AUGCCAGCGCGGCCCCAUAUUUUAGCAAGUCGGAAGACCCGAUCCUCCAUUGCAAAGCUCGGCGUCCAUCUCGGUAAAUCCAUUUCGCAUUGUCCAGCUCGCCGUGGAAUAUGUGAAUGGCGUGGCGCCAAUGCUUGCGCACGAUUUGGGUCAGAGCUCCAAUAUGUGUCUUUACCGAAUCCAAGCCCCUCAUCCACUUGUCUCUCGACCCCACCUUUGAAGCGAAACUUUUCGAAUACUACUCGUAAAAGUGCUAGCAUAUGGGAUGAAGAUGACGAUGUUCCAGAGUCAAGCCCCGUGCAACCGGUGCCUGGUCGGCCGGUCCGUACUCGCCCCACCGCCCAUCGAGACUUGGGCAGCUUAGUUCGAUCGAGGGUUGCUGGAUCGAAACGAAUGUCUCAGCGUGCGGAAUUGGAGAAAAUCUUCAAUUCGCUGGAUCCAUUUCAUGUCCUGCUUGAGACUUUUAUCCAAUUGAAGUAUAAGCACCUCGAUGGUUUUCUCAUGGAUUGCAUAGAAGCCAAUCAGGCCUACAGAGCUGAAUUCAACGUUCUCUCCUCAAUUCUUCAGAAGCGAAGCGAUGAUGCGAUCUCAUGGAUAACGAAGCAGGUCCUCGAAGUUGAAAGGAUCUAUCAAGAAUGUAUGACCGAAUGGGCAACCCUGUCAAAAUGCAUACAGGCACGACUUCUUGCUGUGGUCCCACAAAAUACGGAACGAGUUCUCCGAGCAGAGGCGACCACCCAAAAGUAUAUCGCUGAAGUGAUACGUCUGUCGAAUUCUAUACUCGGAUUGGACCGAAUGCAGGCUGCGGUCACACAGAUAGAGAGCACCGGCCGACUGAUCGAGGACGAUUUUUGCCGCAUUGUCUUCGCUGAAACUCCAGAAUGGACAAGAAAGCUCAAAAGGUUUGAUCAGGAUAUUCGUCAUUUGCAGAAAUCCCUUCUUGCGGCUCAAGUUAGUAUCUUACAUCGCUUAAUCGCCACUUCUGAGUUAUCAAUCGAUAAAUUGAGAAAUACACUCAACAACAAGUAUCUGAGACCUCGGGAGGCUGCACGAAGUCGAAUUGAUCAGAUUAUCACUCAAACCAUUCAAAUCAACGAGGCCUACACGAAGUUGCAACUGCAAAUGCAAUCAAAAAGCUCAAAUACGCCUAUCGCUGGUAUCAGAUAUCUUUGUCUGUCACUUCAGCAUAGUCCAGGCCUUCACCCAAAGGAUCGAUUCGUGUUUGGCCAACUUAGGGAUACAAUCAAUCGAUAUCAUAACAUGAUGCUGGUUCUUGCGCAUCAAUACCGUGCGUACUGGUUCAGAAGACAGAUGGCCUCUCAUCCUCUUCGAGAAAGCGAAUUGUGGAGUUUGCGCGAUCUCACAGAUAGACCAGAGCUGGGGAGACUGCUCUCUGGGGAUGAAGCUCGUGUCAUAUCCGCGCUUGCACUGAAUGCCCCGCGGAAAUCAAAGAAGAUUUCGUAUUUUCAGAAACGCGCGCAUGAAAUAACCCUCUAUCUCCGUCGAAAAUAUAAAGCUCUUUGGACGCCCAGACCGGCACGCAGUCCUAAGCUACAUAUCUACUGGCGCCAACUUGAUGCACUAGGGCCAUUGAACAUCACCGAACUAUCCUUAUGGGACCUCCAUAAUGAAGCUUGGUAUCUUCACUACAGCCUCAGAGGGGAUCAUGGGAGAUUGUGGGCUUGGGUCUCCGAAAAGACCAUGGCACGCACUAUUGACAAGUUAUCCCAAUGGUGUACAGAAGUACAAGCCCAUCGCAACCAACUUCUACGGCUAUCAAUUGACUACAGACAUUUGAACUGGAUGCGUCUUCGAUCAGAAACCAUCCUACAUUCAAUGGGAGAACCCGCCUAUCUUGCUGGAAAGUUCGAAGUCCCUAACCCAAUGAGCCAGAACAUCUCUCGCUUUAAAGAAUGGACGCAUAGUAUGGGCCAGACUUGUUCUGACGCAUAUAUGAUUAAGAUUGCCCAGCGAGUAAAUCGAACUCAAUGGGAGCACAUCUAUGAAAAGAUGGCCCUGGUUGAUGGGCCCCAAACCAGAAUUCUAGGACUUGGCUCUUCAAUGACAAAGAGACCCAAUCGCAAACGGGGACGGCGACAGUCCAAAUAUUCUAGGAAGACUAGCAUGAGAUGGCCUUGGAAGGAUCAUGUGCGAUAUAGCAAGGCGACUCUGUGGAGCCAUUCGAGACCUCCGCUAAUUCUUGACAACAAGAAGAGCAAGACUCUGGGCGAAAUGACCUCCAAGCCUGGGCUGCCUGUUAGUCAUGGAAACCAAGAGGACAGGACCCUUAUGAAAGGCAAAAAAACAAGGGAAUCACCGAAGUUCAGGGCUAGCCAGCUUAUGGUCGGUCCAAAUGCUAAUAAUGGGAGCCAAAGUGGAAGCAAAUCUGAACAUAGUCCAUCAACGAAGCUUUGGGGUAAAUCCAAAGGCGUCGCCGUGGACAAACAGCGUCAAUCCAACCGUUCUGCAGUUGAUGUAUCUGCUGAUGAGGAAACUCAAAAACUAGAACAAUCUUUGAAGAAAAAAGCGAAAAUGAAAGCAAGAGCAUUACUACAGCUGGGAGUUGAAUUGCAUUCAGUCCGAAUAAUUGCUGACGCGGCGAAUAUCUUGCUGGAGCUCAAAAUUGGGCUCACUAAAGUGAACCCUGGACCGCGUGCACCGUCUCCCAAUCGUUCCGGCGAAAGUCGAAAGAAGAGAACCCUCGCAUCCACACGAUCCGCCAAGCAGAGAUCAAAAGCCAGCAGCUUCUUGGCAGAUCGGAACUCCGGUUCUAACCCAUUCCCAGACUAUGUACCUCUCGCUCAAAACUAUCAGGAUGGUCAAAAGACAGAGAAGGUUCCUCACGGAUCACCAAACAAAAUUUGGGGAAAAGCCGGAAACAAGUUCGCAACAGAGCGCCAGCAAAAGCCAAUCGCAUUCCCAUUCAAGGCACCUCUCAACCAAGGCGAAACAGAUUUUCGAGAGACAAGUGCUGCUGUUCACAAUUCAUCGAAUAAUCUUUGGGGAAGAGCAGGAAAGAAGUCUACAACAGAACACCAACCAAAUCAAACCCUAUUCCCAUCCGGGGCGCCUCCCAGUCGAGACGAUGAGGAUAUUCGAGAGACAGAGAAGGCUGUUCUCGGAUCGUUAAACAAGCUUUGGGGAGAAGUAGGGAAAAAGUUUGCAGAAGAGUGCCAGCCAAACCCAGCCCCACUCCCAUCCAAGACGCCUCCCACUCAAGACGCUGAGGAUGGUCGAGAGAAAACGCAGGCUGUUCACGAGUCAUUAAACAAGCUCUGGGGAAAAGCCAUCGGGACGUUGACAGAAGAGCACCAGCCAUGCCCAUCCAGUGCAUCUGCCAGCCAAGACGAUGACAAUAGUCAAGCGAGAGAGCAAAUUUUUCACGACUCAUCAACCAAGCUCUCGGAAAAUGCUGCAACCAUCGAACCUGAGCCCAAAUUUACUGGCUCAUAUCUUGAUAACUCGAGUUCAGCAAGUCCCAGCAAAAAUUCCAAUCCGCACGGAGUUGCUCAGGAGGCGCAACACAUGUUUAGAUCCCGGUCCUCCGAGUCCGUUCCACUCCAGUCAUCGAUAGUACAGAGUGAAUCACAUUCAAGCGCCGAGAUUGAUGCACUGCAGAAAAGGGAAGCUGCAGAGGACGCCUUCGAUGCCCUUUUUGUCAAAAGGCCACCACCAAUAGUUCCAACAAGAAUCAGCAAUCCCUCCCCAGGCAGAACAUCACGCAACGAUCUCAGGGCAAACACGACGCCGGUGCGAGGACCCCAUUUGCAUUCGAGAGGGAUCUCCCGCAGAACAUACAGUAAAAACGCAUAUUUUUAUCAAACAAAGCUCCGACAAAGUAGUACUGACAGCGGUGAUCCGCUAUCUGAGCAGCCAGUUGAGCAUGAUAUGCCCUCGGUUCCAGACGCCAAACACAGCCGUGGCCCAGCAUACCUUGAGGGAAACUUUUUCACAGAUGAAACAGUUCCAUCUUCGGAGAUUGAAUCCAGUGCGAAGAAUUUCGCAACACCGGAGUUCUGGAGCCAUAGUUCACAAAAAAGUCCGGAUGGGCAGAAGCUCAUCGUGCAUUAUUGCCGAACUCUCCAAAGUACUGAAGAAACUGUGCAGCUCUUCCAUGGGAGCAAAGUCAUUGGAUUCGACAUGGAAUGGAAAGCUCAAGCAUCUGCUAGGGACAGCAUCCAAAGCAAUGUCUCGGUGAUCCAAAUCGCGAAUGAGGAGCGCAUUGCCCUAUUCCAAGUCGCGCUCUUCAAGCCUUCACACUCCCUGGCAGACUUAGUGUCUCCAUCACUGAAACGCCUCAUCGAGUCUCCUGAUGUUAUGAAAGUUGGUGUCUCGAUCAAGGCAGACUGUACGCGGCUUCGCAAGUAUCUCGGAAUUGAUGCACGGGCUACUUUCGAACUCAGUCAUCUAUUCAAGCUGGUAAAAUACGGCAGAGACAAUCCCAAACUGGUGAACAAAAGAGGUGUCAACCUCAGUGAGCAAGUGAGGGAGCAUUUCGGUCUACCUCUUGAGAAAAGCGAUGAUGUCCGCUGUGGCGAUUGGGCUCGGCCUUUGAACUAUCGACAAGUACAAUAUGCUGCUACCGAUCCAUAUGCCUGCAUUCGUCUGUUUUAUGCCAUGGAUGCGAAACGACAAGCCAUCGACCCUACGCCGCCUCGUCCUGCGUAUGCUGAACUCAACCAGCCCAUCAUUCUCCCACUUGGGCAAAAGAUCAAUGACGAGGGGAAUCAGCCAUUGAUCUGA